UUUUCUGCUGGUAACUCCAAACUUCCUUCCUUUCACUUGAUCGCAGAGCUGGUAGCGGCCACGCCAAAAGAUCCUCUCCCAAAGAAACCGGCAAGUUUUACAGAAAAACCGCAACUUGGAAGCAUGGACGAUUGGGAAGAGGAACCGGUCGCUACUAGCACUACCACAAGUUUUGGCGAUGGAGGAAGUUCAUGGAACAGUGGAGGGCAGAAAAGCAGCUUCUCCAGAAAUGAUAAUGAGAAAAGUUCCUGGAACAGUGGAGGAGGAGGAGGAGGAGGAUUUGGAGGAAGGGGUGGAAGUAGAGGCCGCGGAGGAGGAGGAGGCGGGUUCAGCCGUUCAUUUUCCUCAGGAGGUGAUGAAAACGGAAAUGAUGAAGGUGGUAGAGGGGGAUUUCGAGGAGGCAGAGGUGGAAGAGGCUCAAGAGGGGGCGGUGGAUUCAGAGAUUCAUUUAACUCUGGGAAUGAUGAAAACGGAAAUGACGGUGAUAGUGACUUUGGUGGUAGAGGUAGAGGACGUGGUGGCAGAGGAGGUCGUGGCCGUGGUGGCUUUCAAGAUGGAGGAGGUGAUGGAUUUCAGGGGAGUGGAGGUUUCAUGGGAAAAGAUGAGGAAACCGUUGGCAGAGGAGGAAGGGACGGUGAAAAUGGGGGUGAUGGAGAAAAUGCUGGUCCGAAGGUUAUCUACGUUCCUCCUCCACCUCCGGAAGAGGAGGAUGCCGUCUUUUCGAAGUUUCAAACGGGCAUUAAUUUUGAUAAAUAUGACGACAUUUUGGUGGAUGUGAGUGGAAGCAACCCACCACCGGCCAUCGUGACUUUCGCAGAAGCAAACUUGUGCGAGUCGCUGAGCAGAAACGUUAGCAAGUCGGGUUACGUCAAACCCACCCCUGUCCAGAAGCAUGGCAUCCCCAUCAUUACUGGAGGCAGGGACCUCAUGGCCUGCGCCCAAACGGGAUCAGGAAAAACCGCUGCCUUCCUGUUGCCCAUCCUGCAGAAGCUCAUGAGCGAUGGCGUGGCGGCCAGCAAGUUCAGCGAGCAGCAGGAGCCCGAGGCCAUCAUCGUGGCCCCAACCCGAGAGCUCAUUAACCAAAUCUAUCUGGAGGCGCGCAAGUUUGCAUUUGGGACAUGCGUGCGUCCUGUAGUGGUGUAUGGAGGCAUCAGCACGGGACACACCAUCAGGGAAGUCCUGAAGGGCUGCAAUGUGCUUUGUGGAACUCCAGGGAGACUGCUGGACAUCAUAGGAAGAGGAAAGGUUGGCUUGAGUAAGUUGCGUUACCUGGUACUGGACGAGGCCGACCGCAUGCUGGACAUGGGCUUCGAGCCGGACAUGCGCAAGCUGGUGGGCUCUCCUGGGAUGCCGCCCAAAGAGGAGAGGCAGACACUGAUGUUCAGCGCCACUUAUCCAGAGGAGAUCCAAAGGAUGGCUGCGGAUUUCCUGAAAGUGGACUACUUGUUCCUGGCAGUGGGUGUCGUUGGGGGUGCCUGCAGUGAUGUGGAGCAACUAGUCCUGGAAGUGAACCAGUUUUCCAAGAGGGAUCAACUGUUGGAGAUACUUAAGACUACAGGAAAUGAACGUACCAUGGUCUUUGUGGAAACCAAACGCAAGGCGGAUUUCAUUGCGACGUUUCUGUGUCAGGAGAAGUUGCCCACAACUAGCAUUCAUGGAGACCGUGAGCAGCGGGAGAGGGAGCAGGCUUUGUGUGACUUCCGCACAGGGAAGUGUCCUGUGUUGGUGGCGACGUCCGUCGCCGCUAGAGGCUUGGACAUUGAACAUGUGCAGCAUGUGGUGAACUUUGACCUCCCAAGCAGCGUCGAUGAGUAUGUGCAUCGCAUUGGGAGAACCGGUCGCUGUGGCAACACUGGCCGCGCAGUGUCCUUUUUCGACGCAGAGGCAGACACCAACAUAGCUCGUUCUCUGGUCAAAGUGCUCUCAGGGGCCCAGCAGACAGUGCCAGACUGGCUUGAGAAAGUAGCGUUUGGUGCACAUGGGACCACUGGAUUUAACCCGCGGGGCAAUGUGUUUGCCUCAACAGACACGAGGAAGGGUGGCUCCUUCUCAGACCAGGCUGCUCCUCCAGCCACAAGCGCAGGCGGCGGUGGUGAUGAAGAUGACUGGGAAUGAAACUCCCCAGAUGGUCCAAUUUAUUUUUUUUUCUUCAUGUUUUGUGUGAAAACAAUAGCUAGUCUUUUGUUAAAUUUUAUGUUCAGAUUUUAUUUGUUUUGUUUGUGAUAAAAUAAUUUUAUUUUUCCUGUUUAGGAAGGAACCUCCUUCCUCUGGUGUAUAAGCGCUGAUGUGUAAAUUGACUGGUGCAAAAUGUGUGAUGCAUUUCAAGUGAAUGCAGGGUGUAUUAAUCAUGGGAGGAUUUUUGUAUGAUUGACUUAUGGCACUAAUUGUCUGCACUGUGGAGUGUCACGCUAUCCUUUUCUGUGUCACUUAGUAACUGUAGUGUCCGUGGGGUAGGCGUCCAUGGCAUGCUUGUAGCACAAAUGUAGCACAAAGAAAAGACUGUACAUGAUGAAUACCCCUUGCAUUUCAAAACAAGCAUGCCUACACUUUGUUAACCAGAUAUGGUUCUGUUCUUAUCUCAUGCCACUGAGUUGACAGUUGCGCUUUUGCCAUAUGUUUGAUGGCCUGACUUGGGCUUUAGAAAUGUGGAAAACCAAAGUGGAUGCAGAAUAAAAGUGUCAACUUUG